AUGGAUUUCAUCAAGACCAGUUCCCUGCGUGCUCUGAUUGAGUUAACUUUCCAACGCAACUGGAACGGCCUAAUUUGGAUGAGUAGAAAAGGAGUUACAACCAAAAGAGUGAAGACUGUCCAGACGGCUCUAUCGAGAAUCAGCGCCCAAACCGCGCAGCCGGCUGGCCGAGAAACGUUUGUUUCACGCUCGGCCAAAACAUCCGUCCGUCUGAAGUCUCGGCCAAAGUUCAAACCAUCCGGCCGACACGCACGACCCGGGAAGCAUGUCCCGCGGUCGGCCAGCCACGACCACUCCACGCCAUGCCGCGCAACCUAUCUCACGUACCACGGCCGAUGGCGCCGUCCGAGCCGAACCGUCCCGCGUCCGGCCGAGAAACAUCGGCCAAUCUUCACCCGUCCGACCACAGCGGCCGACCGAAUCCAUCCGGCCACGACCGUUCCGAUCGCUGUAUCCAACCCCACCGGCGGAUCCGCCCUCUCCUCCUCCGCCACUGUCUCUCCACCUCUCUUGCCUAUACCAGUACCACCGAGUCCUUUGGAUCCAAAUCCACCAACACCACCUCUCUCGCCUGGUCACAACUCGCCACCUCCCUCUCCGCAGCAAGAACUUCCUCCGGCGCCAAGUCAACCUGUAGUUGCACCUGUGCCGACGCGGAUUCAGACUCGGAGUAAAAGUGGCAUUGUCAAGCCUAAAAAAGUUUUCUCUCUUCACACUGCCACUAUUUCUCCUCUGCCUCGCUCACAUCUUGCUGCUUUCAGGGAUCCCAUUUGGAACGGAGCUAUGCAUGAGGAAUAUAACUCUCAAAUGGCAGCACGCUCUUGGACUCUUGUUCCUCAACCUUUGAAUGCUAACAUUGUGCGUUCCAUGUGGCUGUAUACUCAUAAAUUUCGUGCAGAUGGUUCUUUAGCUCGCCACAAAGCUCGUCUUGUCGCUAAUGGGAAGUCUCAACAAGUCGACAUUGACUGUGCAGAAACCUUCAGUCCCGUGAUAAAACCCGCUACCAUACGCACCAUCUUGGACAUUACUGUCUCACGCGACUGGCCGUUGCAUCAGCUGGAUGUCAAGAAUGGAUUUUUACAUGGGAAUCUCGAGGAAACGGUGUAUAUGUAUCAGCUGGCCUGUUUUGUUGAUCCCACCAAACCUGAUUAUGUGUGUCUCCUCAAGAAGUCCAUGUAUGUCUUAAAGCAAUCGCCGAGGGCAUGGUAUCAAUGA